GGCACCUGAAGCGUCCGCGGGACCGGACAAAGGGCCGAGGAACAGCCACCCGGGGGGCAGCAGAGCACCGCCUCACGGCCGCUCCCGAAUCUCAACAGCGAAGCGGCCGAGGGCUCUCCCCUCACACAGCCCCAGCCCCGCCGGCAGCCGCCCCCACGAGCUCUUCCGACAGCACUGGAGCUCCGAAACAACGGCGCCGGAUUACAGAAGCAAAGUGGAGGGGGUGUGAGGGGGGAGGGGGUGUGGGGGGAACGACUUCACUUCGUGGUGCGGCCCGCAGGCCGAGGGGCGCGGCGGGCGGAGCGGGGAUGGCCGCGGCCCCCUCCCUGCGCCAGGGCCGCGCCGUGCCAGCCACCCCUCCGGGCCCGGGAGCCCGAGCCGAGGCGCGGCCGAAGGCGGCCGUCCCGCCGGGCUACGAGCGGUUGCCAGGGCGAUGGGGAGGGCGGGCAGCAGUCAGUCACACCAAUUCAAUUACAGGUACCGGGGCCGGCCGCGCGAAGCGUUCCGCGGCUUCAAAAGCCGGGAUUAGCCGUGUCCCCGGGAGCUCUGGGGCGCGAAUAGCGGCACGCAAGACCUCGGGGGGAAGGGGCUGCGGAAGGGACGUACAAAGGGAAGGACGGCUCCUCCUGCCCGUUUCUCACAGCACAGAGCGCGGCCCGAAGCCCCCGAGGUGGGGCGCGGGGUGCCUCGUUGUCACCGUGGUGCCGCGGGGAAAGGAGAAAGGAAAUAAGCCGAGGAAAAAAGAAAAAAGCACCAUCGGGCUCGAGGGCUGUCUGUACCACAGCCCCACACGUAUACACGCGUGUUGCAUGAACAGGGACAACGGCCGCACACACCGACUCCUCGGAGAAAAAAAAAAAAAAAAAACCAGCGGGAAACAGCAGCGCCGAGGGGGGCUGAACUCCCAGACAUCCCUCAGAGAGGACUCAGGAGGGGGGCAGAAAAGAAUAUUAAAAAAAAAAAAAAUCGUCCUCCCCAGGGAGAGCGAAGGGGAAGAGCCUAGCUGCUGCGGCGGAGCCGGUCCUAAAGUUAACUUUCGGGAGCCCGAUUCCAGACAGCAGCGCUGGAUCUAUUUGGAUAAAACGCGUGUGACCCAGACACUUGGCGCCCGGCCCGAUGCGUUGCACCGGCAGCCCAAAUAAAAACAAGAGACUGACUGCCUCUCACUCGCGCUCUGCCCUCUCGCACAACGAGAGAAACCCUCGAGCACGGAACCCGCCGACCCACGGCCGGAGCCCACUCACCUCCCCCCGCCGCACCACAUCCCGCAAACAGACACACACCGACAGCAACGCGGCUCCGCGGGGUUAAGAGUCUGGCGAGUCCCCGGCGGCCCGGAGUAAAUCAAAACCACACGCUUCCAUCUUCCUGACGAGCCCGGCCAGCACUCGGCGGGCUGCGGGACGGCUGCCGCCAGCCGCGGGGAGCGCGGCCCGGGGGCUGCUGCGCCUGCGGGUGGGGGCUGAAUCUUUUUUUCCCCUUCUCUCCGCUUCUUCGUAACAAACGAUCUCGUACUAAAGCCAGAACAAUCUCAAGCAAAGUUGCACUGCUCCAGACCGUGCUGUGUAAAUCGCGGCUGUUCUCGGUCGAAAAGCCCUCGCACCCCCUUCCCCCAUUCUCAGAGGUUUCUCUCUGAAAUCGCUCCAAUCCACCUCGCCUGGUGCGAGUCGGCUCCCCCCGCGCCUGAGCCCUGGACGCAGCGCCGCUCGGGACACGAGAAAAGCAAAAGUUCAUCGAAUAGCGUGAAAUCUUCCUUACCGUGCUCAUCUUCACUUUCUGAUACAAAAUAAAGCUGUUCGUAAGAUCUGAAUGAUGUGAACAAUCUGUAAGACUUAUGAGAACAAAGUUGGGACAAGUUGUACAACGUGUGGAAAUGUAUGUGGAAAAUCUCUGUGGAAAAAUCAGGUAAAUUGUAUUCCUCAAAGAUUAGUGUAUACAAAAACACAAAUUAACAAUGCAUAAAUUAUUAGCAGAAAUACAAGAAUUCAGUUAUUUUGAUUUUUUUAGGAUGAAAAAUGUGGAAUUGACCUGUAAGACCUGGCAAUUAGCAUGCAGAGCACUGCAGCAUUUUGCAGUCUGGCACACAGCUCUAAGAAUGGCAGCCUUCUGCAGAACUGGGCACUUUGAUCUAAGAACCUAGGUGGCUUGUUUAGUUUCAGAGUUGGAGGAGAGUUACAGUACUUGUGUGAGAAUCACAUUCUGCUCAUUUAGCAUCUGCUGAAAUAUGUGGUGAUUCUCACUUAUUGGUACACUUUGUAUAAAAGCAUGAACGCAUACACUAAUGUCAGAAAUUGUAAAAUUGGAUUGUGAAAGGAGCAUGGAUUUAUUUUGAAUGGAAAGAAUUGGACUUUCCAUAUUCCUGGACUAUAUAACUGGAAAAGAUUUAUUAAAGACUCUAGAGCAUACCGUGUAUACUGCUUUGGACAGAGAUUACGGCUUUGUCUAAUUUAGAUGGCUUUUUGGCAUUCUUUCUACCAUAGUGUCUUGCAACAGUUUAUAAAUUGAACUAACUUUAAUAGUUCCUCUGUCCUGCUAACUCUUGGGUAUCUCCCCAGAAAUGCAAAGAUACUAUGAAUGGAGUAGAGCAUUAUAUGGCUAUGAUAAGUACAUGCAUUUCUUUCUUUGUAUCUCACAAGGAACUUCAAAAUUCAUUUUCGUACAGGAUUAUCACAACAUUAGCAGCUCCUUGGCUAGGAAAGACAGCACAAAGGAGGUUAUUAAGGCUCGCUUAAAAAGUCCAGCAUUUCAUUUUUACAUCUUAUUUAGGUUUGGUUGGCUCUAUGUGAAGAUGGUUUUGUGCAGCAGUAACAGCCACAACCUCCACAUAUAUCCCUAGCCAGAUGAAUCUUUUGGUAUGACCCAGUAGCUGUUUUUGUUGUUUAAGUUAAGAGCAGCCUUCAGCUUCUUCAGUACAAACUGUAAGUUGCUGAAUUUACACGUACUUACCAGUAGUUUCCACUGGAGUCCACUGGUGAUCAAAGGUAUCCACUGCACUGCUGGACUUCACACUGGGGCAGUGGAGAAUCAUCCAUAUGUUGGGUUUUGAUGCAUUAAAGUUACAAAAAAUAAUGUUUUAUUGCUAAGAAAUCAAAAGACUACAUUUCUUAGUUACAAGUUUCAGGGCACAAUUUGUGAAUUGAAAUAUGAACUCGGCUUUGUGUGCUUCUAAUCCUUUCAUAGCCAUUAAGGGAUUAUUUGCAUCAAAAGGCAAGUUAUAGUGAAAGAAAAUGAGAUUCAAGAAUUCUCAAAAACUUUCCAGGUGCUUAUUUGAUCCAAGUAUUAUGGUUCAACAGGUUUGUACAUUAUUUAUUAUAGUUUUGCAUUCUAACAUGAAAUAAGCAUAAGACUAUUCAGAAAUGAGAAGAUGUUGGUUUGUGGCUAUUCACAGAUGUUCGAGCUGAUUCUAGGAGUGACCUUCUGCAGUCCUGAAAAAAUAACUUCUCCAAACCUCUUUUUUUCCUUGUUUUGUUUUACUUUUUUAUUAAAAAAAAAACUGUAUUUUCCUACAAUGCCUGACACUUAAUCAGUGGUAAUGAGUUCCCUUAUAAUCUUUGUAGUUAAGAAUAUACCAAGAGUUUUGUCAGAAAAGAAAAGAAAGUAUUCAAAGCAAACGGAGCAAUAGGUGAAGAAAUCCACAAGCUUGAAGAAAAUGCUUGACAUUUAUUUCUAGCUCAUCGCAUCCACAAUUGCAACUAUCUAUAAAUCUACACAGUUUCAUCCACAGAUGAGGUUAUCUGGCAAUAAAUCAAGUAAGUUCUUACAUAAAUUAUUGCAUGAGCAGUUUUCUGCAUAGACCUAACUUCCAGUCCAGCCAAUCUGUAUAAAGCUCAGCUAACAGUAAGCCCCUACUGCUAUCAAAGCUUUAACAGUGUAUUUACAAGGGCAGUGAGCACAGGUGCAGAUAUAGCACCUGAAAAUAGGUAUCUACACAUACAGCCAGAUCUAAUUGCCAUUUGGUGAGAGAUCAAUGGGGCUACAAGACACUUAGGUAUAACGAAGCAUUAGUUACUUUAUAAUGCAAGGAUCUGCAUAAAUCAUUUAAAUAAAUUUGUGUAAUGUUUCACCUUCAGUUCAGCUGGUACAAAUUUUAUAUCAUGCUCAAGUACCUUUUAGUAACUGAAUGUCAGUGAGGUAAUUUUCAGAUACUUCCACCCCUGAAUGACAGCUUAUUGCCCUUAUUUCCCUAGCCUAGGCUUAUACUUCCUUAUGAAAAUAUUGAGUGGGACUCAGUGACCCUCGUGGGUCCUGUCCAAUUCAGCAUGUUCUGUGAUACCAUUAACCACCUGUUGGUAUAGCUUGAUAUUUCCACUGAACGUCUACUCACAGCAUUUUUAUCUCUCGUUUUUGAACGUUUGUCCUAGGGACCAUUCUCCUACUUUGUCCACAGAUACAACGUCUGACUUGUAGAAAUGAGAAGCAGAACUGGGAUUUGCUGUGAAUAGGGCUGGGGGAGGGACUAGGGCUAACCUUUGCUCUUGUUUUGCCCCAGAUUUUCAGCUUUGCACAUGAAUGGAUACUCUUCUAUUGAGAUCUUUCUAUAGGGGGAUGAAACAAAUUAACGGCAAAGGAAUACCAGUGAAUUCACUUUGUGCACUAUCUACGGAAAGUUUUUUUCUGAGACUCCAUGGAAGAAAAAGAAAAAAAAGAAAGAAAAAAAAAUGCACAAGCCUGAAACAUCUCAUUCAAAACUUUCAGAAUAGGCAGGGCAUCCCGGCAUUCCUUAUGCUCAGCUCCACAGUAAAACUGCACACCAAUCUGUUACCAGCUACCAAAGUUUCUUACCAAAAACUAAAAUCCUUCUGAAAUCCAUCUGUCAUUCAGAAAAUAAAACAUUUUGUUCUUGAUUGUUUAAUAGCUGCUCCCUAACAAAAGACAGAGGUUAGGUUUUUUGUUGUUUAUUUUUUGUUUUUGUUUUGUUUUUGUUUUCACUAUUAUUCUUUGUUCAGUAAUUUGGGGAAAUAAAUAUAAUUUGCAGAAAA